AUGCUGAUCAAAGUGAAGACUCUGUCAGGGAAAGAGCUCGAGAUCAACAUCGACAAGGUGGAGCGGAUCAAGGAGCUGGUGGAGGAGAAGGAGGAUCCCCCCCAGCAGCAGCGCCUCACCUAUGGGGGGAAGCAUAUGAACGACAAGAAGAUGGUGGCCAACUACAAGAUCCAGCAUGGCUCCGUCCUCCAUCUUGUGUUGGCCCUGCGGGGGGGGCGGGGCGGGGCAGUGAGGGGGCGGAGGGGGCGGGGCCUGCACCAAAAGCCGCCCCUCUCCCUCAGCCCCGCCUCCUGUGAUGUCAUUUGA